UUCAGUACGCGAACAACAUUUGUGGAGAGUGUAUUAAUUUGCCACGACGCAAAACGAUAAUAUUGCCGAAAAUAUUGUUUAUUUUUUAUUGCUUUACAUUAAAUUAACGUUAUAUUUGUGGAAACAGCGGAGCAAUGUCAAACAAAAUGUAUUUUGGCGGUGUAGAAGGCGGCGCGACCCAUUCCAAUAUGGUCAUUUGUGACCAUACAGGCACAGUGAUUGGUACAUCUAAAGGUCCAGGCACUAAUCACUGGGCACUGGGCAUGGACGAAUGUGUAAGAAGGCUGGUGGAAAUGCUCCAUGCAGCGAGGAAAGACGCCGGAAUACCUGAUGAUAUUCCUUUGGACUCUUUGGGUCUAACGCUCUCGGGCUGUCAACAAAAGGCCAGUGAUGAAGAACUUGGUGCCCGAGUGAAGUCUGCCGCUCCAUCAGCAGUGAAGGAAGUCUACGUGGCAUCUGACACUGAAGGCAGUCUGUUCACAGGAGCCACUGACGGUGGAAUGGUGGUUAUAGCUGGUACAGGAUCCAAUGCACAAUUGCGGACUCCAGAUGGCAAACAGUACGGCUGUGGUGGAUGGGGGCAUUUAUUGGGAGAUGAAGGAAGUGCAUACUGGCUAGCCAGACGAGCCGUAAAAGCAGCGUUCGACGAUAUUGAUAGACUGCGGCAGUCGCCUCACCCAGUCGACCGUGUUUGGCAAGCGAUAAAGGAUCACUUCGGAACGAAAACACAGGAUGAUCUGUUGCCGCACGCUUAUAAAUAUUUUGAUAAGCCGCAGUUCGCUGGAUUAACAGCCAAGCUGUCAGUGCUAGCAUACGACGGUGAUGCUCUCUCGCGCCAUCUAUUCGCUGUAGCCGGUAGCGCAGUAGCAGCUCAUAUUGUAGCUUUAGCUCCUCGCACCCCCGCUAAAAAAGUGAGGGUAGUAUGCGUCGGCUCCGUCUGGAAGAGUUGGGAGUUAUUGAAGCCUGGAGUUUUAAAGGAAUUGAACAAUGGGAAUAUAAACAUUGAGCUAGAAUUCGUCAGGCUUCAAGUCUCAAGUGCCAUGGGAGCCGCUUGGCUAGCAGCUAAGCACGUAAACUACAGUUUACCUAGAGACGAUUCAGCGUUCUGUCGCGUUUUUUACACUUACAGUCCUGAAGGUUUGAAUGGAGCAAAUGAAAGGAACGGAACGAAUGGAAGGAACGAAACAAAUAAAGAGAAUGGAAUGAAUGAAAAGAAUGGAUUAAAUGAAGUUAACGGAAUGAGCGGGAAGGUGAACGGAAUGAAUGGAAAGGUAAACGGUUUGGAACAUGAAGUUUGUGGUUGUGAAGACUGGACGAAAUGGAGUUCACUAGUAAUGUCACUUUUGACAUUGAUGGUUCACUGUUUUGAUUUUGAACAGUUUCGCAAAAUGUCUCUUUCGGGAAGAUUUUCCCGUGUUUUUUUAAACACAAAACAAUUUAUACGAGUUAAUUACAGAUGUUCCUCGCGUUUAAUAACUACAUACAGUGAUGACCGAUGGCGAAACAGGACUUAUUAUGGUGGUGUAAUAGCUGCAGCUAUAGGUGUUAUAGGUUAUGUUAGUCUAAAGGAAAAGUUAAGCGCGGCUACAGUUACUAAUAAUGACUUGAAAGGAAGAAGAGGAACGUAUAACUUUAUAGCAGAUGUAGUGGCAGUUUCGGCUCCAGCAGUUGUGUAUAUAGAAAUCAAGGAUGGCCGCCGCAUAGACUUGUUUACAGGCGAACCUAUGACCAUUUCUAAUGGUUCCGGUUUUAUUGUGAAUGAGGAUGGUUUGAUACUUACAAACGCUCAUGUCGUGGUGAAUAAGCCUAAUGCUGCAGUAAAAGUGAAACUAAUAGACGGUUCGACCCACACUGGCAUUGUGGAGGAUGUUGACUUGAAAUCAGAUCUGGCAACACUGCGGAUCCCGGUGAAAGGUCUCCCCACGAUGAAGCUCGGAUCUUCCUCAGACAUCAAGCCUGGAGAGUGGGUUGUGGCAAUGGGCAGCCCUCUGGCUCUGAGUAACACGGUGACGGCUGGGGUUGUCAGCUCAGCGCAGCGGUUCAGUGAAGAGUUAGGGUUGAGGGGCAAAGACAUGGUGUACAUACAAACGGACGCGCCUAUCACCUUCGGCAAUAGCGGUGGGCCUUUAGUCAACCUUGACGGAGAAGCUAUAGGCAUUAACAGCAUGAAAGUCACGUCUGGAAUCUCUUUUGCUAUACCCAUCGAUUAUGUCAAGGAGUUUUUGGCUAAGCGGAAAACGAAGCCCCCACAAGUGUCCAGGCGGUAUCUGGGCAUCACCAUGCUGUCUCUGUCCCCCAACAUCCUAAUGGAGCUUCGGAUGAGGAAUCCUGAGAUGCCAACAGACAUUAAGCACGGGAUUCUUGUUUGGAAGGUCAUCAUUGGAUCACCCGCUUAUACUGGCGGCCUUCAGCCAGGCGACAUAGUGACUAGUAUAAACGGAAAACCGGUUUUCAGCGCUACGGAUAUAUACAAUAUAUUGGAGAAUUCUACAGGUAGUUUGCAAAUAGAAGCAGUUAGAGGGAGACAAAAGAUCAAGCUAACGGUCACACCGGAGAUGCAUUCAACAUAGCGAAAUAUAUGUAUUUGUAGCAAAUGAUGUUUGUUUGUAUAAAGUAAAAAAAAAGGGAUAGUUCUCAGUUUAUUUAUUUACUAGCUGUGCCCGCGACUUCGUCCGCGUGGAAUAUUUAUUUUGGGUAUCAUUGAAGCCCUCAUGAAUAAUUUUCCCCGUUUUUUUUCCACAUUAUCCAUUAUUUCUUCGCUAAAGCCUUCCUU